AUGCACUUUCAAAAACAGAAGAUCAGGGACCUUGAAAAGCCUCGGUUCUUUCUUCAUAUUGGCUCGGAUGUUGUUCUGUCUCAGCACCAGUAUAUGCUUGAGGUUUUGCGUAAGGCAGGCAUGGAGUCCUAUAAGCCGUUGGCCACGCCUAUGUCUACUUCUGUGUCAGGUAUUCCUGGUGAUGUUUCCUUGCUUGAUGAUCCUACAUCUUAUAGGCAGUUGGUUGGCUCCUUAAUGUAUAUGCUAAUUACUCGGCCUGACCUUUCCUUCGCUGUGAUCGGCUAUGUCAGCUCGUUGGCCACCACCGUCCAUGCCUUUUCUAAUUCUGAAUGGGUUGGUUGUCAGAUAGAUAGGCGGUCUAUUGUUGGUUUUGCUAUUUUCCUUGGAUCAAGCUUGAUUUCUUGGAUGUCUAGGAAGCAUCGCACCAUUGCUCGUUCCUCUACUAAAGCUGAUUACAAGACUCUAGCUAACGUAGCUGCAGAGGUUGCUUGGGUUCAGUCUUUGCUUCGUGAACUUGGUUUAUCUCUUAACUCUGUUUGA